AUGAGCAAAAAUAUUACUCUCAAACCUAAAGAGGAAAGAAAAUUAUUAGAAUUAGCCAAAAAAGGCUUAAAGUUGCACAACGAAGAAAAGAAAGUGCCUCCUCGCUUAUUGGAAGCGAUAAGACAAAUCGAUUAUGAGGAUUUAGUGGCUGAGGGAACUACUUCUUUACUAAAAGCUAUCGAAAAAUUUGAUCUUAACAGUAAGAGUCGUUUUGCUACUUAUGCAGGUCAUUGGAUUAGGCAGUAUAUUCAAACUUUUAUUAACAAAAACCAAUUUAUUAAUCAGAGUCCCGUCAAUAAAGAAAAAAGAAACGUAAUUUUUUAUGAUGGGAGUUAUCAAAAUAAAGAUGAGCAAAGCAAUUCUUAUUCUUUAAUUGACACGCUUGAUGAUAGCGAGAAUUUAAAGAGUGAUAAUGAUCAAGUACGACAAAGGGAUACGGCUAUUCAAGUAAAUGAUCUCAUUAAUUCAUUAAAAGAUCGGGAAAAAAUUUUGCUAAUUAGGUUAUUGCAUAAAAUUAUUCCUUCUAAUUUACUAGAUAUAUACCAUGUUGCGGAAAAAGAUGAACGAGAAGAAUUAAAAAAAACUAUUAAGAUUGGUCGAGGGAAAGACCUAAACACUUUAAAGGAUUGUUCUCUACGAGAAAAAACAUUUAGUAACUUACCGGUUGUUAAGAAAUAUUUAGCAAUGUUUUCGAAGGAAUAUAAGUUUUCUGAAUUAACUAAAUUGUUCGACAAAAGCGAUGAAAACGGUAAACUAAACGACCAACAGAUAGAAGAAUAUUUACUUAAAAAAAGGUUAAAUUUAAAAAAUUAUUUUGUUUUCAACCUUCAAAAAGAAGUAAAGCCAGGAAAAGUGAAUUUAGGUGGGGUGCUUACUAAUAAUGGUCGUGGUGUGGUUAAUGAAGAGACUUGUAACUGGUUUGCUAAUUCAGCAGGAAUAGGCGGGAUAUCUUAUUAUGAAGGCUGUACCUUGGCAGUUGAAAACCAAGAUAAUGAAAGAUUUAACCCCUACAAGCCAACUUUUAGAGAAAUUUAUACUAUUUCCGUAAGUCUUAAAACUUCCUCUAAUUUCUUAACCGGUUUUCAACCGAACGAAGAUGCCACUGUAAUUAAAUUAUUGAAGAAAAAAGGAUACACUUGCAUGGGCAAAACCGGCUUAGACGAAUUUGCUUGUGGAGGAUCGGGUUUGUUAUCAAAUAAAGGAACUCUAGUUAAUCCUCAUAAUCUUCAGCACAUCGUAGGAGGUUCUUCUUCAGGUUCGGCGGUCGCUGUGGCCCAAAACUUAGUUCUUUUUGCUUUAGGUAGCGAUACUGGAGGUUCUAUACGCUGCCCAGCAGCUUAUUGCGGAAUAGUAGGUUUUAAACCUUCAUAUGGUUUGAUUUCUCGUUAUGGUUUAAUUCCUUUUGCUUCUUCGCUUGAUACAGUUGGUAUUUUGGCUUCUCAAGUAGAAACUGCAAAAAAAAUUUUUUUACUACUUGCUAAAGAAGAUCCUCGAGACCUAUUAACCAUUGCAAAAAAAAAAAGAGUUAAAGUUUUAAAAUCAAAUAAAAGAAUCGCCAUUAUUCAAGGCUUAGAAAAGCAUUUAGAAAAGGAAUUCAAAGAAUUAUAUCACCAAACUUUAAAUAUUUUGAAAAAAGAAGGUGAGUUGUUGAGUCAUCUAAAUGCUUUGCAAGGAAUAACUUUUGGUAUCAAAGAAAAUAGUUCUAUUUUUAAAAAGAGAAAUACAUUUCUCGGCCAAGAAGUAAAGAAACGUCUACUGCUAGGAGCUUAUUUUCUAGAAAAUUUAGACAUGAGUGGUCCAGCUCCAAAAAUCAAUGAAAUUUCUUCUGCUUUUGCAGGAAGCCAGAUAAUUCAUUGGAGCGAUAAUUUAUUACUUUUGGCUAACUUUAGUGGAGUUCCUUCUCUAAGUCUCCCAAUUGGAGUUGUCAAAGGAUUGCCAGUUAGUCUGAAUAUAAACAGUGCUUAUGGCAAUGAUCAAGAAUUACUAGCAAUGGCCGGAAGGGAAUUGGCUGCCGAUUUGCAAGGGGCUAAGAUAGUAGGGGUAGAUAGUAUGUUAAAGACUUUGCGGAAACUUUUGUAUUUAGAAAACAAAGAGUGGGUAGUUGAUGGCGUAGAUUUAACCGAGGAUGAAAACAUUCAACAAGGGGAACCUAACGCUGUUUCUCUAUUAAAAUUUAAUCCUGAAAAGAAAAAAAGAGGCUUAUUAGAUUUAUUUCGUACUCAUCCCCUUCUAGAAGAUAGGAUUAAAAGAUUAGAAAAAUUGCGAAAGAGAAAACUCGGAAUUAGUAAUCGUUAA